UGUAUUUAGUGUAAGCUAAAAGUAUGUCCUUGUUUUUUUUAGAGUGGAAGAAAAGAAAAAGGUGACCCGCUGAACAUUGCCAUCGAUAAGAUGACCAAGAAGACACGAGACUUGCGGAGACAGCUCCGGAAAGCUGUAAUGGACCAUAUCUCUGACUCUUUUCUGGAGACGAAUGUUCCCCUGCUGGUUCUCAUUGAGGCAGCAAAGAGCGGUAAUGAGAAGGAGGUAAAGGAAUAUGCCCAAGUGUUCCGUGAACAUGCCAACAAAUUGGUGGAGGUCGCCAACCUGGCUUGCUCAAUUUCCAAUAACGAAGACGGUGUGAAAUUGGUCCGAAUGGCAGCCACUCAGAUUGACAGUUUGUGUCCACAGGUGAUCAAUGCUGCACUGACAUUGGCUGCCAGACCCAUGAGUAAAGUGGCUCAGGAUAAUAUGGAUGUAUUUAAAGACCAAUGGGAGAAGCAGGUCCGGGUUCUUACAGAGGCUGUAGAUGACAUCACAUCUGUAGAUGACUUUCUUUCUGUUUCUGAGAACCAUAUACUGGAGGACGUCAACAAGUGUGUCAUCGCCCUACAAGAAGGAGAUGUCGACACCCUGGACAGAACGGCGGGAGCAAUCCGUGGUCGUGCCGCCAGGGUAAUCCAUAUUAUAAAUGCAGAGAUGGAGAACUAUGAGGCAGGCGUUUACACUGAGAAAGUUUUGGAAACCACCAAGCUGCUGUCUGACACUGUAAUGCCCCGUUUUGCUGAACAAGUAGAAGUUGCUAUUGAAGCGCUGAGUUCCAAUAUCCCCCAACCUUUUGAAGAGAACGAGUUUAUAGACGCUUCUCGCCUGGUGUAUGAUGGUGUUCGAGACAUCAGGAAAGCCGUACUUAUGAUAAGGACACCCGAAGAGCUGGAGGAUGACUCUGACUUUGAACAAGAAGAUUAUGACGUGAGAAGCCGGACAAGUGUCCAGACAGAAGACGACCAACUCAUAGCAGGACAGAGUGCAAGGGCAAUCAUGGCCCAACUCCCGCAAGAAGAGAAAGCCAAAAUCGCAGAACAGGUGGAAAUAUUUCACCAAGAGAAGAGCAAGCUAGAUGCUGAAGUAGCCAAGUGGGACGACAGUGGCAAUGACAUCAUCGUAUUGGCUAAACAGAUGUGUAUGAUCAUGAUGGAGAUGACAGAUUUCACCAGAGGGAAAGGUCCACUAAAGAACACAUCCGAUGUGAUUAACGCUGCCAAGAAGAUUGCCGAAGCCGGCUCCAGGAUGGACAAGUUGGCACGUGCCGUUGCUGAUCAGUGCCCUGAUUCAGCAUGCAAACAAGAUCUCCUCGCCUACCUGCAGCGCAUUGCCCUCUAUUGCCACCAGCUCAAUAUCUGCAGCAAAGUGAAAGCAGAGGUGCAGAAUUUAGGAGGAGAGCUCAUUGUUUCAGGGCCCGGAAUGCAGAGCACUUUCACUACCUUUUAUGACGUAGCAGGUGAUGUCAUAACUGGCAGGGAUAGUCAACUUUCCCUCGACCUCCUCCCCUCCUGCAAUGAAGGAAAUAUUUUCAACACUGGAAGCCGAGACUCAUCUAUGUUGGACAGCGCCACUUCCCUGAUUCAAGCAGCCAAGAAUCUGAUGAACGCCGUUGUGUUAACCGUAAAGGCUUCAUAUGUGGCUUCCACCAAAUACCAGAAAGUUUAUGGCACGGCGGCCGUGAACUCCCCCGUUGUCUCCUGGAAGAUGAAAGCUCCAGAGAAGAAACCUCUAGUAAAAAGAGAAAAACCUGAAGAGUACCAAACCCGAGUACGACGAGGAUCCCAAAAGAAGCAUAUUUCUCCUGUCCAGGCUCUUAGUGAAUUUAAAGCAAUGGAUUCCUUCUAGAACUCUAGGCUUUACUAAAUGGUUGUUAUUUUUUUUUUUAAGAAGUCAUUUUGUAUGCUUACCUGCCGACUUGUAUGCGUCUGGCAUGAUCUGAAUCUUAGCACUGUCUAUUUGCAUGCUACCCAAGAUUUUAUUGGAGUUAAAAUAUGUUGCACAAAAAAAAGCAAAUGAAUAUAUUGACUGCUGAUAAAUUUCUAACUUGUAUUUUGGCCCUAAUCCCAUCCUGAAGCUUUGAGACAUUGACAGGAGUUAGCCAGUGGAGAAUUAGUCCUGAGUUGCCGGCUACCAAUGAUUUCUAGGUGCUUAACUGCUUGACCAAAAAUCACCCAUUGUUGCAUCUCACAAGGCCCCUGUCAACCCCUACUAUGCUGCAAACUAAAAACAAGCAUUUACAUGGAUUUACAUAUAUAAACCCUGCCUGCUGGGUUUUUAAGGAAAGUGGAAAAUAGAUUUGAACCCAUAAGGUUAUUAUGCUGGUAUAUGACGUGGAGGUAGGUGACCUGGUUCCCAGGCAGGUGGCUUCUACAUUGUAGACGGAUCUCCAUGGCCUCCUUGACUUGUAUUGUAAUGUAACAAACAUUUUAAUUGAAGCACUAUACUACUGCUUAGAGGUCCAUGUAUAACUAUAUUCCAAUAAAAGUCAGGGAGACAAUCUAAAGAGUAGCAAUGUGUUUUGGGGGUCCAAAAAUACACCCUUCAUCUGGGCUUGGGAUUAAAACAAUGUAAAUGGACUAAAAGUGGAUCUUUAAUGGUAUUUCUUCCAGCGCGAUUACCAGUUGCUGAUAAGACCUGUUCUUAACUUCUAGUUCCUUUACAUUGGUUUUAAUAUCAAACCCUGGAAAAGGGAGGUGUUUUUUUUUAACACAUCAGAUGAUUCAUGUAGCAUUUACUUCCUAGAAUCCAUCUGCUCUUACCUCAGGAAUGCAGGCAGGUGGGUGUGCUUACUUGAAAAUGCCCCCCCAUGCUUCCUCCGGAUGAAAAAAAAACAUUUCCUU